UUGACUGUGAGGGUGACUGAGCACUGGACCAGGUUGGCCAGAGGGGUUGUGGAGUCUUCAUCCUCGGACGUGUUCCACAGCCGUCUGGACACGGUCCUGGGCAACGUGCUCUAGGUGACCCUGCUUGAGCAGGGGGGUUGGACCAGGUGAUCUCCAGAGGUCCCUGCCAACCCCCUGUUCUGUGAUUCUGUGAUAGCAACAUUUUUAAGAAUUACUGGGAGAGUGACAUUCCAUUGCUUCUACCCCAAAUGGCAAGAAACAAAAUACUUUCUAAACUGUGGCAAAAAAUUACUCCAGUUUGGAUAGCACAGCUAUCUGAUAGCACAGCUUGUUAAAAAGACACUUUUUUAUGUAAUGCAGUUGAGUACAGGCUAAGAUGGACAAUUUAUUUAUAUUUUUUCCUCCUGUGUGACCCUUGCAGUUGCAAGUAUAUCUUCUAUUAAUAGAACAUUUCCUUAUUUUUUCAAUUCUCUACACUAUCUCUCUCUAGCCUGUCCACAGCCUAUCUGUGUCGUCUGAGAGAAGCGCUUUCCAUUGCCUUUUUUCUUAUAUAUCUCUUCUCCUGUCUAUUUUUAAAUCACUCAAUUGCUUCAGCAGACAUGGAUUUGAAUCAGCUGGAGGCUUUUCUCACUGCCCAAACCAAAAAACAAGGUGGCAUCACAUCAGAUCAAGCUGCAGUCAUUGCAAAAUUUUGGAAAAACCACCGAAUAAAGAUUCGAGAGAGCCUGAUCAAUCAAAGCCGGUGGGAUAAUGUCUUGAAAAACAUGAACUGGAGAGUGGAUUUGAAGUCACAGUCAAGACAUAUCGAUCAGAUAAAUACUCCUGUUGCAAUAGUGGAAAUGGAACUGGGAAGAAAUGGGCAGGUCACCCGAAAAUCUUCGGAGGCGUUUGCUGACCUGCAGGCGGGCUCGGAGAGCGCGCAGCCCCUCGUGCCUGGUGUCAGGGCCUCGACACCCGGCGAUAUCCACGUCACGUUCCCAGCUUCCACUGCCCGGGGGGAAAGGUAA